CGGCGUGCUUAUUUCCUUCCAAGAGUCUUAACAUUAAAUUAGUGACGAUUCAAGUCCAGUUCAUGUAUAUUUUUUCAGUUAUAAACAUCUCAAAACAGUGUUCAUCUUUAGCAAAAAAUCUUAGCGUUGUGAGUCUUAAAAAGGUAAAUUUAGCUUAACGGCUAAGCAAAUUGCUAACGCGAUUCAUUCAUUUUGCUUUGUUUACAUCGCGUUUUUAUGGCAAUAAUUUUAACGUUCAAGCUACAAUUGAUACCAGCCUUUAGGUAAUGCAUGUUAACUCUAUGAAGCUGUAUAUAAGAGCAGAUCAUUUAGAAAUACGAGUGUUUUGAUUGUGCAAACGGGACGAAAGUAUUAAAAAUGGCUUUGGAGCAGCUCAGUGAAGUGGUGCAAAGAUGUCAAGACCUCCCCGAAAACUCCUACACCUCUGAGGACUAUGAUGUGUUCAAUGUCGCGGGACGGACCUGUAUCGAGGAGGGCAACAGUCUGCAGCUGCUCAGCAUUGUGCUUGAUGAAAAGAACCAGGAAAUAGUGCGAUGCAUGGGCUGGAACCUGUUACCACCUCUGAUACAGGUUUUACUGAAGAAAGAAGACAAAGAUCUCCCUCACUGUCUGGCUAUUUUCAACCACCUAAUUGAGUUAUGUCAGCCUAAAGAGCUGUUGAUUGGUUUGUUGGAGCAGCUGGAGCACGAUGACCCAGACACCAUCGCAGAGAGCCUCCAUCUGCUGCUUACACCUCUGCAGAAAGUGCUGUUGCGCCUGGGUGUGCGUAAGGCCUCCUCUCUGGGCAUGGCUCUGUCCUCAGUGUUGGAGCAGCUGUGUAAACUGCCUGUGCCCGGGACCGUAGAGCAGGAACAGGACGAUGUGUUCUCCCUUUGCCGAUGCUGCUCUGAGCUCAGUGCUUUCAUUCAGCCCUUUGUGGAGGAGGUCCAGCGGAACCACACCAGGGGGAAAGACAGAGCACAGAAGGUGGGAGACCUGCCCCAGAAAGAGGACGAGCUGAGGGCUGAACUGCUCAAGUUCUGUAUGCAGGUUCUGAGCCGUGUGCUGUUGGGAAUCCAGCUCAGAGAUACAGAUACUUUACCAGAGUCUCCUCUCAGGGACUUUGCCUCCAGCAUUCUGUUGAGUCUGCGUUCCAUCGGAGAGUCCCUCCCCGCUCUGGUUCACCGGCCUCUGCUCAGACACAGGCAGGUCCCGGGGUUUUUAGAAGAGGAGGUGCGAUAUCCCAAAGAGUCUCUGGCCUGUAUCGCUCACCUGCUGUUUGUGCACCACCUGCUGGCCGAUGUGUUUCCUACAGUUUACAGCCCUGUGUACUGUCUGCGGGCCAAUAUGGAACACAUCUGCCUCCUUCUGUCCAGAACUGAAGAGUCCAGAAUACAAAAAGGACUGGAGCUGUAUGAGAAGAGCCUGGUGAGAGUAGAAAACUGUGGCCUCACAGUGGAUCUGCUGGAGAUCAAGAGCUUCCUCUCUGUUCCACAGAACCUGGUAAAAGUCAUGACAAUAUGCCCACAUCAGAAUUUGAGACAUAGAGGUCUGAAGGUUUUUCAGCUAAGCAUAGACAAGUUUAACACAGAGGCCAAAUAUAAGUUCUUCCAGUUAAUGCUGAAGACCAGUAAUCACUCAGGAGUGGAGGGAUACAUCAUCAAGAACAUCAAGGAUCAAAUCGACUCCGCUCUUAAGACAGGGGGCGGUAACCUGUGGUUUGAGGGUCUGCACCUGCUCCCUCUGCUGCGCUCAGUGCUCAUGCUGCCGGAUGGACCAGAGACCGACCUGCUCCAGUACAUGGACAGAAUAAUGGAGUCUCUGAAUCUGCUGCGGUACCUGGUCAUCAGAGACAAAGUCACCGAAAACCAGACUGGGAUCUGGACAGAGCUGUAUAAGAUCGAGGACACGUUCCUGAAGCCGCUCAGAGUCGGCAUCAACAUGUCCAGGGCCCAUUACGAGAGAGAGCUGCUCAUCACCCAAGAGGACAAGAAGACCAAGGCCAAAGAACCGUCCAUUUCUGUGUCAGUCGGAGAUGAGAAGCUGCCGAAUAUGACGACAGACAGACACAUCCAGGCUCUGCACUCAGCUCUGCACACGUUUGACAUGAUCGAGAGCGUCCUGGUGCGGAUCGAAGAACUCAUCGAAGUCAAAGAGAGCACUUAAAGAAGCACUUUGUAACUUUUUGGCUGAGGUUCUGUCACUUGCUUGUCAUUGCUCUGCCUGAAAUAUUCCACCGUAUUGUUUACAUUUACUCAAUUCCAAGUGGUUUUAUAGCUCAAAAACACCUAGAAAAACAGACAUUCUGACUCAGAGCGGGGGUGCAUCUCUACAGAUCUGAUCUGUAACUUGGUCUUGUGACGAUAGAGCUUUAAUACCAUACUGUGAAACAUUCCAGACAAAGCAAUAACAUCUGUAUGGAGAAAACCAUUUGAUGGAACCUCCACCAGAAAGUUACACAAUGCACCUUUAAAUAUUGUCAACAAGAUCAGGUGUUAUAGCUGAUUAUCUGUUUUUUGGUUUUUUUUUCUACAACUGUAAGAUUUUGAAUAUUGGAAUAAAUAAGACCAAGCUAAGUAAA